CUCUGUUGUAGAUAUAAUUCCAGUCAGCAAUGGAAACUUGUAUGUUUUGCUUGCAAGAUGCUCUAGCUACUUCAGAGUGUGACCGGAAGUUGUUGAUUGCUUGAUAACUUUCCUGGGUUCAAGUUCUUUCGACCAAACAUUAUGGCAGGUCCUAGCAAGAAGAUAUGAGUAUGUGAUGAAGAGGUGUUUUAUGAACUGUUCAAGAGAACGAAUACAGUGGUAUUUCAGAGAGUGAAUAUAGUAGUGAUAGUGAAAUACACGUAAAUAUGAUGGUGAAUAUAGUGACAGCCCUGAUGAAAUAGGAAAUGUCAGUGAUGACAGUAGCAUGCAACCUGAUGUACUGGCAAAUUCAAGUGCUGAGCAACGACAUUUUCAAUUUACUGGUAAGCCUGGCAUAAAUGUUGAUUCCAAAGACCUCAGUAACCCCCUGGAAUAUUUUGAGUUGUUCUGUACACCAGAAAUUGUGGAAAUAAUAGCCAGGGAAACAAAUCGAUGCGACCAAAAAUUUUUUAGAAAAUACGUCUAAUCUAAAACUAAAAUCUAGGGCCCAUCGCUGGGCUGGUAUUGAAAACUGCAUAAUUAUAAAGUAUUCACAGUAUUAGUGUGAUUGAGUAACCGGGUUAUACAUUCGAUGCAACAGGGUAUGCUUGGACCGUCCCAGCAUUAUAUCUCGGCUGCUCCAUGGCACUGUGCCGCUGUCAGUCAGCGAAGAUGGUUGGUGUGCUCAACACAUCCACAUUGUAUGAGCAGCGAAGUGUUAUUCAUUUUCUAUGGAGCAAGGGACGAAUGCCCAUCGAGAUCCAUAGGGAAAUGCAGCUGACAUAUGUGGACAAAUGUCUUGCUUUGAGAAGUGUGUGGUGGUGGUGGUGUUCUAAGUUCACUAAUGGCUGGGAAGACCUUAAUGACAAUGAGCGGUUGGGGCAGCCUCUCACCUCGCUCACACUGGACAACACUGCCCGCGUGGAUGCAAUGGUGAAAGCGGAUUGGUGUGUGCACCUAAAGGUCAUUUCCAAGGAGCCUGGCAUUUUGUAUGGCAGUGUUUAUAAUAUCAUUCGUGAUUUCUCGGGGUAUCACAAGGUUUCAUGUCCGUGGGUGCCUAAGCUGUUGGAUGAUCUGAACAAAGCCAAGAGAAUGAUGAUGUCACUGCCACAUUUGCAGCAUUACUUCAAGGAGGGUGAAUGGUUCCUAGAUCUCAUUGUCACCGGAGAUGAAACGUGGGUAUUGCAUUUCACUCCUAAAUCCAAGCAGCAGAGCAUGGUGUGGAAACAUCCCGGUUCGCCUGUCACAGAGAAAUUCCGCAGAAUGCCAUCCAUCAGGAAGUUGAUGGUCAUAGUCUUCUGGGAUCGCUGAGGACCACUCCUGCUGGAUUUCAUGCCACAAGAUGCCACCAUCAACGCGGACAGCUAUUGUGACAUACUCGCACGUCUACGAGCUGCCAUCAGGAAAAAGCGCCUGGGGAUUCUCGCGGACGAUGUGGUUCUCCUCCAUGACAACACUAGGCCUCACGUGGCAAACAUGACUGCAGCCCAACUGCAGUCAUUCAGAUGGGCGAUUAUGGAGCAUGCACCGUAUAGUCCAGACAUCGCCCCCAGUGAUUACCACGUCUUCGGUCCACUGAAGAAGUUCCUGGCAGGCCAGAGAUUCAUUUCCGACAACACGAAAACCGCUGUCUGGCAGUGGUUCCACGGUCAACCGGCUGACUUCUACAACAGUGGUAUCUCCAAACUAGUGGUGCGAUGGGACAAAUGCCUGAACUGGGGUGGUGACUAUGUGGAAAAACAUUCAAAGCAGUGAAGAUGGGCUGAGUUUUUCAUUCCAAUGAGGGUGAAGCCCUCAUAGCAUGCCAAAGCACCAUGCCAUGAAGGCAUAUAAGGAGGUGGCGAUAAGGAGCCAUGAAUUUUUAACCUCAGUGCCAGCUGGGAGAUAGUGAUCAGGUCUCUGAUCUAGCCACUUAAAGAGUGUACCCACCGGGUAGGAGACUGGAUGAGUACAAGUACCUGUUUCAUCAGAAUACAUUCACCAAGAGGGCUGAUAAUUACACAUCACAAACAUUUCCACAGUAUAAGAAUGCCACCCAGCUGAGUAAACUGAAUGAAG